AUGAAUAAUGAUUAUGUCAAUCCUAAUUUACCAGUGAAGUCAACAGAAGCAAGACAAGGUAGAGAUAACCAAGUAUAUAAUGAAGAAACAGGAGCAAGAAUAGUAGCAGGAUGUAUAUGUCUUAAUGAAUCAAAAGAUAAAGUUAUAAUGAUUUCUUCAUCAAAACAUAAAGAUAAAUGGAUAUUACCUAAAGGAGGGAAUGAAAAAGAUGAACUGGAAUUAGAAACAGCAGUAAGAGAAACUUGGGAAGAAGCUGGUGUAGAAGGUAUAAUAAUAAAAAAAUUACCAGUUGUAUUAGAUAGUAGAGGUUCAAAAGCUCCAAUUAUAAAAGGUGAUUUUAAUAAAAUUAUCCCUAAAUCAGAAUUUCAUUUUUUUGAAUUACAAGUUGAUCAAUUAAAUAUGAAUUGGCCAGAAAUGAAAAAAAGAGAUAGAAGAUGGUGUACUUAUUCUGAAGCAAAACAUGAAUUAAAAAAACUGAAUCGAAUUGAAUUAGUAGAGGCAUUGCAUCAAAGCUCAAUAAUUAAAGAUACAAUUAAUAAUGAUGAAAAUGAUGAUAGUUAUUAA